AUGUUUGGCAGAAGUCAAAAAUUUCUAAAGAAUUUGAUAAUAGCAAUUAUUUCUGGGACGGAUAUAAUAGUUGUGGCUCGCCUUACAGAAAUAUUUUAUGUGAUCAUCAAAUUCAAAAAUCGUCUUAUAAUGGCUAUAUUGGAGUCGAAUGAUAUUUUUGUCGUAUUAACAAGAACAUUUCAAAAGUAUCUUCAACAACGAUUCACUGCGUCUGAGCAGGCUAUCCUAGAAAUUUGCCUGUUUACGGUGGCAUCAUUAAGGAACCUAAUAAGGCUAAAACGUAAUAAAGAACGUCUGCUAGCUAUUGGCGCAUUGGAAAUGUUUAAUUCAGCUAUUUCAUUUAUUAGUAACGACGAGGAGUAUCUGGAUGAUAAUUCACCACUGCAACCAUCUGUUAUGAAUCUUAAGGAAUCGUUACUUGCACUGUGCAUGAGUUGUCUACCUCUCCGUCCAUUUCCGAUACCCUCAUCAACGCCAUCACCAAUUAUUUUUCCGCUUCCUAGAGAAAUCUGUACCGAUUCGCAGCAUCAGUAUUCUUGGUCGCGUGAAAAAGAAAUUGAGGAAAGUUUCCUAUAUACUCCAAUUCGGCAAGAUGAAUCUGCUUUGAGUAGCGAUGAAGACAUUGGUGACGAUGAAGAUGAAACACUGUUUACAGUAGCACCAUUGCGCGACAAUGAUAAAGAUAGGUCGCAUCCAGUACCUGCGAGCUCUCCCCACCAUCUUUCUUUAAUUGAACUAACUGAUGAUUGCUUUCAUUAUUUCGUAGAAUUUUUUCAAGGAACUAUCACGACAGAUUCAACUUCAAUGACGACAACUUUGAAUAAGUCAGAAAUGGAAAAUUUCGCUGACUUGGUGGCGAAAGCAGUAAAGAAAACAAGAUCGCCAUCAGUUUUCAUAAAAAUCGCUUAUCCGGCAACAAUCCUUCCAACAAAUUUACAUUCUGUUUUACAACCGCUAAUAAAAAAUGAUUCAAAACGAGAUUUAUUGGCAAAAAAUAUAACGCAUUUGGAAGACGAAUUAUCAUUCUCUGCUCGUACUGUAUAUGAUUUGGAUUGUUUGGUUUGUGAUAAAACUGAAAUGUGUACAUCCUGGAAAACAAUUGGAAAUAAUGAUGAGAAUCGGAUUGGCAAAAUGGAUUCCAAGAAUCACUUGCUAUUUGAGAGUCGAUUUGAAGGUGGAAAUUUGAGGCGAGCCAUCCAAAUAAGUAAAUGGCAUUAUCAGCUGAUAUUAUCACCAGAUAUCAACCAGUUACGGCCACAUUUUCAGUGGUUUUUUUUCGAAGUUUCCAAUAAUGAAGCAGGAGUGGAUUAUAUGUUUGAGAUUAUUAACUGUUUUAAAAAAACAUCCAUGUUUAGUCGUGGUAUGCAACCAGUACUGUUCUCAGUUACAGAGGCUUUUCGAGGAAAUCCUAAAUGGGUACGUGUAGGUUCAGCAAUAUGUUACUGUCGUAAUACUUUCAUCCGUAACAAUUCUGGCAAAACGAAUGAUGCAUCUGCUCCAAGGCACCACUUUUCGCUCUAUUUCACAAUCAGAUUCAAGUAUCAUGCUGAUGUAUGUUACAUUGCCUAUCAUUUCCCGUACACAUAUUCAAUGCUUCAAGCUACUUUGGAGAGGUAUUUAUCGAAAAAUGGUAAAGAAGGACAUCUGUAUAUUCGUAAUGAUCGGUUGUGUACAUCAUUAGCUGGUAAUAGUGUGUCACUCCUUACAGUGACCGCUAGUGGUACUAAAGAACAAUUGAUUGAUCGUCAAAUUAUAGUGCUAUGUGCAAGAGUGCAUCCGGGAGAAAAUAACACAAGUUGGAUUAUGCAUGGCAUUAUGGAUUUCUUGAUGAGCGAUGAGAAAGAAGCUAUGGAGCUUCGUGAUCAGUUUGUAUUUAAAUUGAUUCCAAUGUUAAAUGUUGAUGGUGUGAUAAAUGGUUCACAUCGUUGCAGCUUAGCUGGUGUAGAUUUAAAUCGAACUUGGAAUCAACCUUCACCAGUAUUGCAUCCUGUUAUUUAUCAUAGUAAAGCUAUUGUACAAUAUGUAGUUGAUGUGCUUGGAAAGAAACCCUUUUUGUUUGUCGAUAUACAUGGUCAUUCUAACAAUUUUAACUUUUUUCUUUAUGGAAAUAAUCCUGAUAAUUCGUGGCGUAUUCUGGAUCACUCGCUUCCAGGAAAAAAUGAUUUCAUGUCGCUUCCGAUAUUUUUGCAGCAGUCACGGAAACUUUUUCCACAGAUGUGUGAUUAUUUUUCACUAUCAAGUUGUCGAUUCAACAUAACCAAAACCAAAGAAUCAUCGGCUCGUGUAACAAUGUGGAGGCAAUUUGGUGUUACUCGAUCGUAUACCCUAGAAUCUACUUAUUGCGGUUUCAAUUGCGGUUCAUUGAAAGGUUACCAGAUAAAUAUUGAGCAUUUGAUGGAAAUGGGUAGACAGCUGUGCAAGACAUUUAGCUAUUUGAAGAAUAGCAGUCCUUCGAAUCAGCAGGAGGAUGAUGAUGACUCAGAAUAA